AUGCAGCAAUUUCUUGAUGGUCAUGAUCCAUCACUUCCUGUCAUAAUUAUACUUCAACUAUGCAAGCUUAAGAAGAUGACUGCUGCAAAUGUGGAACUAACUCAAGUUGUUAGUCAGAUGUUUGUACCUCCUGUCCUAAGUGUGGCCGAUGAUUUGUUGCAGACACCUAGGAUGACAAUCGAGGAUCUCAUUGAAUCUACUCAGGACAGCUAUACUGUGAUAAGUGCUAGAUGCCCCGUACCUAGGUACAAGGUUCAUCUCCAAGUUAUUGAUGAUACAAGAUCAAUAACUUUUGUCAUGUUUGAUCGUGUUGUUUUUCAAGUAGUGGGGCUGACAGCUCAAGAUUUGCUGGAUUAUAUGAACAAUGAUCCUAGCUCCCCUCCUUACCCUCGAGAGCUUGACCUGUUUGUCAACAAAUGGAUGCUAUUCAAAGCCGAAGUAACUGAUGCCAAUUUGUACCGCAAUUGGCGUGGUUACAACGUGAAAAAAGUUACUUCUGAUGCAGAUGUUAUUAGUCGGUUCACUUCACUGCAUGGAAUACAGGUAAGGUUUUGUCAGUGCCAAUUUCAAUCACUUAGAAUGUGGUUCAUUUCCUAA